AUUGAGAUAAACGUCUGUGUCAAUACUUUUUAACUUCAUCACGAAAUUGUCAUCAUGUUAAAUUCUCUGUACGGUAAUCGCACUUUUCGAACAUAAAUUUAAAAGUUACCGCUACACCUAGUUAUUUUCAACUAGUAACUAUUGUACACUUAAAUGGAUUUAAUCAUAACAAAAUCGAAACAUGGAUUGUAUGGACGACCCAUGUGGCACGGACACACCUUGUGGUAAACCGACAUGUCGAUACACACCAGCGAAAUUGGUCUCGAACUGCCCGGAAGACGAAGUCGUAGACGACGACACCAACAAAUAUGCGAAUUGUACGGGAUCGAACUGUCUCAAAGCCGAGGCUCUCAAAGGCGAGGGUCUCAAAGGCGCGUCCCAGGCUCAAUUACAAUCUCGACGGCUAACGGAAGCUCAGGCUCGGGGCGGGGGAGGCGACACCGAAUGCGGUGUAUCAACGGCGAUUUCCUACGCCGUACUAGCCGGCACCGGGGUUUGGUGCAUGACGAACCUUUGUAGCUUAUGCGAAUGCGUUUUGGCUUACAACGGAUCAAGGGCCAUGUACGGAAUUAUUAUAGCGAAUUCCGUUAUCGGAAUGAUCACUUGCGGUUUUCCGUACGGAGAAUACCUCAGCGGACUGCACGCCAUAACAUCAGGGAUUCAAGACUUCGCCGUCUUCCCUAUAUACGCUGCUAUCCUGCUGGACCUGUACGGCUUCGAAGACGAGAUCAUUUACGCGUGUCUCUUCGUUCCGGUACUACCAACGUUGGCGUACGUGACGGGCUUGUGCGAUUGCAAAAGCGAAAUGGAGAAGGUGAUCGCGGUUGCGGGCUCCAUCGGUAUCGGGUACUUCUCGUACACCGUGGGCAAUCAGUUUGCAAUAGCAGCUUGCGUCACUUAUUUGGUGAAAUGCUUUAUAGUGCCGUUGUUUGAAGAUAACAUGUUGAAAAUACCGUCAAGGGAUCUCGCUAAUUACACCAUGUGCGGAUUCUGCUAUUUGGCGCUAAGGUCUAUUAUUGAUUGAUUUAAGUGAGAAAUUAUUUGCUAUGUUAUUAUUUCAACUAACUUUUUGGUUAACAUACGCGAUUAAUAACCAGCUCCAGCUAAUUAACCUUUUGGUUAAUAUAAGGGGGAAACUCCAACUGUAGACGAUUUUUAUUUAUCUGGUUGGAUGAAGUAAAAUAACUGUAAUGUAUUUUAAAAAUGAUAAGUAAAAAAGAAUAGUCAAUGAUUGACCUGUUAACAAACAGCUAUAGUGGUCGAAUAAAUAGGACAUGAAUGAAACUAUCAAGAACUUGUGCCAAUUUAAAGUGGUUUUUUCUUAUAAAAAAUAAGUAGAGAUUGACCGUUCAGAUCAACCACAGAUAUUUUUCUACAUAUUUGCUUAUCUUUACUUACUGCUAAGCUAUUUUUAAAAUCGAUGUACCUGCUUUUUGUUACCGUUUUUGUCAAAGUUCUAUGAUUUGUUAACAAAAAUAUCCACCAAUUGCUUGAAUCUUAUUGAAACUGUGAAUGUUCAUAACAAUGUUAAAUGUUACGUUUACGUGUUGGUCGUUAAAAUAGCUUGAACAAGGUAUUAUAAUACAAAUUACUUCAUACUCGACGUUCAACUUGGUAAAUAUUUAUCAAUUAACAAAAUAUGAUACAUACAAUAGUCUUCUGUACACACAAAAUAUUGGCAAAUAAGUAAAACCGAGUGACGAUUAACCGAUUUGUUUUAUUCUAAUUGAA